AUUAAACCCUUUUUUUCUUUUUUUUUCUUUUUCCUUUUUUCUUUCUUUUUUUCUCUCUGCUGGGCCGGCCAGUUGGGCCUGCUUCUGCUGGGCUGGUGCUUGUGGGCCUAGCCUGCUGGUGCUGGCCUGCUGGGCUACACUGGGCCUGGGCUGGUGCGCAAAUGGGCCUGCCGUUGGACUGCUAAAAAUGGCCUGCUACCUUUUUUUUUUUUUGCUUUCUUUCUUCUUCUUUUUUUUCUUUUUGGGCUUCUCUUUGGGCCUGCUGAGCUGGGCUGCUGCUGGGUCGGGUUGGGUCACCGGAUCGGGUCGGAUUGGACCCGGAUCGGGUCGGGUCGGCCCGAUUUUUUUAAAAAAUUCUUUUUCUUUUUUCUUCUUUUUUCUUUCCCCCUUUUUUCUUUCUUCUUCGUUCUUCCUUCUUCUUCCUUUUUCUUCUUUUUUCUUCUCCUUCGACAGCAGCCCCUUGUGUUGCCGACGACGUCUCUCCGCCUUGUUCGACGGCCGACGGUGGCGCGCACGGAGGGGUGACGGUGGUGGUGCUGUCACGGUGACGGUGCGACGGCGGUGGUUGCGAGAGCGCGACGGCGGUGGCAGAGGAGUAAUCAUGGCCUAGGGAGGCUGCUGGAGUAGCUCGGCUGCCGCUUGGGUGAUUUGACAAGUCCAGAAGGACUAAACUGUAAAGGGCACAAAGUUUCUGGGGCAAAAGUGAAAUUUUGGCAAAAAUAUGGGGUUAAAAUAUAAUUUUUGAAAAAUUCAGGGGCUAACAUGUAAUUUAUUUGUGUGCA